AUGUCCGUUGAAAAACGCAAAGAUUCCCCAUCAUUGCCUGGAGGUGGCAGCGCCAUGGUCAAACGGGCACGCUCAGACGAGCAAGACGACGCCAACAAGACUUUGAUUCUUUCUUCUGAACGCUCGGGUACCAGCAAUGCAGUCGUUGGCACAAUUAAACGUACAUCCAGUCUACAAGCACCUGUCAUGCAACUUAUUGGUCACGAGGGCGAGAUCUUCAGCAGCAAAUUUGAUCCAUCGGGCGAUCACAUUGCCAGCGUUUCGUAUGACAGACAAAUCUUGCUAUGGAAUACAUAUGGUGAUUGCAAUAACUAUGGUGUGCUAAGAGGUCAUGCCAAUGCCAUUCUUGAAGUACAUUGGUCCCGUGAUGGAAGCCAAUUAUUCAGCUGCUCUGCUGAUAAAACAGUCGCCAUUUGGGAUGCAACAACUGGAGAACGUAUUCGUCGAUGGAAAGGUCAUACAUUGGUGGUCAACAGCUGUCAAGUUGCUCGUCGAGGUCCUGAAACGGUGGUAUCGGGAAGUGAUGAUGGCUGUAUCAAACUCUGGGAUAGCAGAUCAAAGGACGCUGUUCAAAACUUUCAAGACAAAUACCAAGUGACAAGCGUUUGCUUUAGCGAUGCUGGUGACAUGGUGUACACUGGCGGUUUGGAUAAUGAAAUCAAGGUUUGGGAUAUUCGGAAGAAGGCUGUCGCAUAUACUCUUAGUGGUCAUUUGGAUACAAUCACAGGCAUUGCCCUGAGCCCCGAUGGUUCUUCAUUACUAUCAAACAGCAUGGAUAAUACGGUACGCAUCUGGGAUGUCAAGCCGUUUGCACCAGCAGAUCGAUGCACCAAGGUUUUGGAAGGUGCACCACAUGGAUUCGAAAAGAACUUGAUUACACCUUGCUGGUCUACUGAUGGAAGCCAAGUCGCUUGUGGUUCGGCUGAUCGAACGGUGGUCAUUUGGGAAGCCAACUCUGGCAAGAUUCUUUACAAGCUUCCUGGACAUAAGGGAUGUGUGAACGACGUCGACUGGCACCCUAUGGAACCUAUUAUUAUGAGCGCAAGCACAGACAAGACUAUCAUGCUGGGUGAAGUGAAGGACAAUUAA